CGGCACAAACUGUGAAUGGGAAAGAAAGAGGUGACACUGACUAAAACUAAAAAAGAGGGAGGAGGGAGGGAGGGAGAAUGACGCUAGGGUUGAUAAAUGCGAACCCAAUCGUACACGCAAAGAAGGAAAGAGUUGUUCGAGCUGAUCUUCAUCAAGACUGUGAUGAUGAUGCUGUUGAUCCUCUUGAAAUUUAUGAUAUCCUACUCCUCCUCUUCUCGUUAUUGUUUUGGAUAACUUUCACCCCAACCAUCCAACACUGUAGCAUGGCAACUAUUAUUGGUCUAUGUUUGAGAGUUAAACUGAUGCGUUAUUUCCCUCCACAUUUCAAGGUGGGAUUGUAAUUGACAUCUUUAAGGGAAAGUAAGGUUCCAGCAUUCUCGCACUGCCUGUAUUCUUCUCCUAGAGAGAGCAGAGAAAACCAACUGUGAAGGACACAGAGGUUCUAAUUAAGAUUUUUCAGGUCCAUGUUGCGGACGCUUUCAUGCCUACUUGCUAACAGCUAUGCUCUUUUAAACUGAAAUAGACCUAUGUCUAUUUAUUGCCUAUCGCCUAUGGCGACUAUUUUCCACGGUGGGGUGAUAAUUCACAGUUUGACAUCCUCUUAAGGGAAGUAAACGUUCAGUCUUUCAGUAGUGCCUUUUUUUUCUUGGAACUUUUGGCUUGUAGAGGGAACAUAGUUAAAUGAAGCAACCGUUUUCCAUGUGUUCAAAUUUGCAUAUGA